AUGGUCUCCUGCGCUUAUGUUUUUUUAUUUAUGCAGAUGCCGGAUUUGAAAAAUGAUCCAAUAGACAGGUCGAAACUCACUCAGACACAUCUCGAGCGCCUUCUCAUAUUGGGUAGCGAUCAGAGUAGAUCUUUUUAUGGCGCCUACAAAAACCCCACUCCUGGCAUGUUCCCUGUGGCUAACUCGCAACUUCACAUAACUACAACGCUAAACAAAAACAUUUACAUGGGUACGAAUUUCAAAGCGUACUGUUCAGCUUCCAAUUCGGCGCUUGAAAUAGCUAAAUCACUCGUUCAUUCAGAGUCGAUGAAAACAAUUUCACAUCAAAACUUUAUCUCUACUAAUACGAGAGAUCAAAAUUGCUUGAAACAAAUAAAACAAUUAUCGAUUCAAGGACAUAAUUCAGAGCCGAUAUCAGCAGCUAGUCUCGUCUCAAGUGGUGUUUGUACAAAUGGUAACAUCAUCAAUCUGGCUUACCGCAGCUUGAUAUCAGUAUCGGGAACAUUUCAUCAAUUCGCCCCGUCCAAGCCUCGUGUAAAUCAACAGGUAAACAUGGACCAAGCGAUCGAUUUCAAAGAAAUUGUGAGAAUUGAACAAGUUUAUGCGAUUUGGACCGAAAGAAAUACCAAGUAUAUACUCGUUUGGUACUUUGGAUACCUGCAUGUUUUCAAACGCCAAUUCAACAAUACCGUAUGGUUGCCAGUGACCAAAAUUGGUGAAGAGAAAAACAAUGGUGCCAUUAUUGAAAAUUAUAUCCGCAGGCAUACAAAUGUGUUGAAAACGUUAGAUGGGCAGAUUCGAAGUUUGGGAUUAAAAUUUAAGAUCAGCAAGAUUUGCAACACUCCGGGCUGCCAUAAUGACAGAAUGAAGAAAACAAUAGGUGACCUAAUGGUUCAAAUCGGGAGCACUGAGCCUUUCAGGAACGUUCCUAUAACCUGGGCUGAAUUAAACUCAGAUUUAUGA